AUGAAUAAGGAAGUGUGUGAAAAGUUCCAGGAUGUAGAGAAAUGGUUUCGUGGUGAAAAUAAAUUUAAUCAUCCUGAAUAUCUCCAAAAGUAUUGUAUUAAUGGAUGUGAUCAUAAUCUCGAUAAAAUUAAUGUUGGAUGUUUAUAUUUGUUGGAUCAAUUCUAUAAGCAUGAUGGUAUCUUUCCCUCUCCUUCAAACAGUAACCCCAAUAUUGUUGAUAACAUUUUUAUAUGGUUAAGUUAUAUGUUAAACCUGAAAGAAACUAAUAAAAAUGAGGGUAUAAAGUAUUUUUAUGAUAAUUACAUAACGCAACGUAGUACGUAUAAGGAGCAUAUAAGUGGAUUAACUGGUUAUGGUACUUAUAAGGAACUUAUAGAUGACAGAAAGGGUUUUUUGGAUAUGGAUAAAAAUAUUGUAUCUAAAUUUUAUGAAGAAUUAAAAUCAUUAUGUAAAUUGUAUAAUGGACUUGGUGAUGGCAAUAAAAAUUGCAAGAAUUAUUUGGAAGAUAAUAGUGAAUUUUUUAAAAAAUAUAAUGAUCUUAAGCAAGAUACUAGUUUUACUAAAAAUAGUUAUGAUAGUCAAAUAUUUUCCACUUUAUUAAAAGAUUAUGAUGGUCUUAAAAGGGAAUGUGAAGUUGCUUUAUCCCCUCAAACGGAAGAAACAAAACAAAAUCUUGGACAAACUCUUGCACUAGAUUCUGGACUAGAUUUGGGAUUAGAUUAUGGACAAGAAUCUGAAUCGAGUUUUGAAGCUACAUCAAGUUCGUCGAUAACAAGCAAAUUAAUUCCAGUUUUAUUGAUACUUGGUGCAAUACCAAUUUUUUUGGGAAUUGCUUAUAAGUAUUCAUUAUUUGGAUUUCGGAAAAGAGUUCAAAAACAUUUAAGAGAAAAGCUAAAAAAAUAA